CCGAGAUGCACAGAUUGGAUGGAUUCAAAUUGUAGAGGACCUCCAUGAAAGAGUACCAGAAAAGGUGGAUUUUUCCCCUUUUGGAAAUACUCAGGGUCCAAGUCGAGUAGCUCAGUUCCUUGUCAUCUAUGCGCCAAGAAGAGGAAUUUUAGAAGUAUGGAGCACACAACAGGGACCUAGAGUAGGAGCUUUUAAUGUGGGGAAACACUGCAGGCUACUAUAUCCUGGCUAUAAAAUAAUGGGCUUAAAUAAUGUUACUAGUCAGAGUUGGCAGCCACAGACUCACCAGAUAUGUCUUGUUGAUCCAGUGUCUGGAAGUGUGAAAACAGUGAAUGUUCCCUUCCAUUUAGCACUGAGUGAUAAGAAGAGUGAACGAGCCAAGGAUAUGCACCUAGUGAAGAAACUAGCAGCCUUACUGAAAACAAAAUCUCCCAAUCUUGAUUUGGUCGAAACAGAAAUAAAGGAAUUAAUUCUUGAUAUUAAAUACCCUGCCACCAAAAAGCAAGCUUUGGAAAGCAUUUUGGCAAGUGAACGUUUAUCAUUUUCCUGUCUUAGAAACGUCACUCAGACUUUAAUGGACACUUUAAAAAAUCAAGAACUUGAGUGUGUGGACGAGGGAUUGCUACAGUUUUGUACCAAUAAACUGAAAUUGCUGCACCUUUAUGAAUCUGUCAGUCAAUUAAAUUCCCUGGAUUUUCAUCCAGACACACCAUUCUCAGAUAAUGACUUGGCUGUGUUACUAAGGCUUGAUGAAAAAGAACUGCUUAAGCUCCAGGCAUUAUUAGAGAAGUAUAAGCAAGAGAAUACCAGGACUAAUGUUCGAUUUUCUGAUGAUAAAGAUGGUGUGUUGCCUAUAAAAACAUUCCUAGAAUAUUUAGAAUAUGAGAAAGAUGUGCUCAACAUAAAGAAGAUAAGUGAAGAGGAAUAUGUGGCUUUAGGCAGUUUCUUUUUUUGGAAGUGUUUGCAUGGAGAAAGUUCCACUGAGGAUAUGUGUCAUACUUUGGAGUCUGCUGGACUUAGCCCUCAGCUGUUAUUGUCUCUGCUCCUGAGUGUUUGGCUUUCUAAAGAAAAAGAUAUUUUGGAUAAACCACAGUCUGUCUGCUGUCUUCAUACAAUGCUGUCCCUCCUGAGCAAGAUGAAAGUGGCCAUCGAUGAGACCUGGGAUUCCCAGUCUGUGUCCCCAUGGUGGCAGCAGAUGCGUACAGCGUGUAUUCAGUCUGAGAACAAUGGAGCUGCUCUAUUGUCUGCACACGUUGGGCAUUCUGUUGCUGCACAGAUAACGAAUAAUAUGACAGAGAAAAAAUUUUCUCAAACAGUUUUGGGUAUGGAUUCAGAGGCUCUAACUGAUUCCUGGGAGGCCCUUUCUCUCGACACUGAAUACUGGAAACUCCUGCUGAAACAACUGGAAGAUUGUCUCAUACUGCAGACUCUGCUUCACAGCAAAGGGAACACUCAAACCUCUAAAGUGUUGUCACUGCAGGCGGAACCGCUUCCAAGGCUUUCUGUUAAAAAGUUAUUAGAAGGAGGAAGGGGUGGCAUUGCAGACAGUGUGGCUAAGUGGGUAUUUAAACAGGACUUCAGCCCUGAAAUAUUAAAACUGGUUAAUAAAGAAAGCGAUUUAGAAAACCCAGAUGAACCCAAAGAAGGUAUCAACAGAUGUUUCCUUGAGGUGUCAGAGGUGGAGAUGGACUUAGGAGCCAUACCAGAUUUGCUGCAUUUAGCCUAUGAGCAGUUUCCCUGUAGCCUUGAGCUAGAUGUGCUACACGCGCAUUGCUGCUGGGAGUAUGUUGUUCAGUGGAAUAAAGAUCCAGAGGAAGCACAUUUUUUUGUUAGGUCAAUAGAACACUUGAAGCACAUUCUUAAUGCACAUGUUCAGAAUGGCAUUGCUCUGAUGAUGUGGAAUACAUUCUUAGUUAAAAGGUUUUCUGCUGCUACAUACUUAAUGGAUAAGGUUGGAAAAUCACCAAAGGAUAGGUUAUGCCGAAGGGAUGUGGGAAUGAGCGACACAGCAAUGACCGCUUUCCUUGGCUCCUGCUUGGAUCUUCUUCAGACUUUAAUGGAGGCAGAUGUUAGCAGGGAUGAAAUGCAAGUGCCAGUCCUGGAUACUGAGGAUGCUUGGCUCUCUGUGGAAGGGCCGAUCUCAAUAGUGGAACUUGCCCUUGAGCAGAAACACAUCCACUACCCGCUGGUGGAACACCAUUCUAUCCUGUGCUCCAUCUUGUACGCAGUCAUGAGGUUUUCUCUGAAGAGCAUGAAGCCACUUUCACUAUUUGACAGUAAGGGGAAAAAUGCAUUUUUCAAAGAUCUGACUUCAAUUCAGUUAUUACCUAGUGGGGAAAUGGAUCCAAAUUUUAUUUCUGUACGACAACAGUUCUUAUUGAAAGUUGUAAGUGCAGCUGUCCAAGCCCAACAUUCAGUCUCAAAGGACAAAGAACCCUCAGAAGAGGCAGUGACCACUUCUUUUGGGAAAGACCAAGACUGGCCAGCUCUAGCUGUGGACUUAGCCCAUCACCUUCAAGUUAGUGAAGAUGUUAUCAGAAGGCAUUAUGUGGGGGAACUCUACAACUAUGGAGUUGACCACUUAGGAGAAGAGGCCAUUUUACAGGUUUAUGACAAAGAGGUCCUUGCCUCUCAGCUGCUGGUGUUGACCGGACAAAGGCUGGCUCAUGCGCUCCUCCACACCCAGACAAAAGAAGGAAUGGAGGUGCUUGCCAGACUUCCACCCACACUCUGCACCUGGCUGAAGGCAAUGGAACCCCAGGAUCUUCAAAACACUGAAGUGCCAAUUGCAACUACAGCUAAACUAGUAAAUAAAGUAAUUGAGCUUUUACCAGAAAAACAUGGGCAGUAUAGUCUAGCCUUACACCUCAUUGAAGCUGUGGAAGCCAUAUCUCUUCCUUCUGUAUGACACUUGUCUACUGAAAUAGUCUAAAACUGUGUGAUUAUAACACGAAUUAGUGCAUGGUUAUUUUACAUAUUAAGAUCUGGAAUUUUAUGGAAAGAGUAUGUCUUUUUUUCUUUUGUAAAAUAAAUACAUAAAUAAUUUUAAAAAGUACCAUUCUGGCUAAAUUUCACUCUUUGGUUAAUACUGAAGAUAAAAUAUAAACAAAUAUCAAUUAUACUAUUAUUAAUACAGAUGUUUUACUUUUUAUUUCUAAUUCAAAUACAAGUAGCUUUAUUGUUAAACUUGCUGUUUAAAAUUGGUUAUAAUUUACAGAUUAUGUUAUUAUAAGAUUCUAUAUUUCAUAUCUUGAAUGUUAUUGUUGUAAUUAAAUCUAAAUGUGUUCAUGUACAGCCCCCAUCAGUAGAGGUAAACAGCCCACUCUCCUUUAAUAAAUGUUGAGAAAAUGCCUUUCUUAUCAUGCCUAAAAUCCCACACUGGGCUGCCACCUGGGAGUUCUGGAUGCUGAAAGGUUCCUUUCCUAGAGGUUCUGCUGUUGCCAUCAAGGACAACUUGCCUGAGGAGGCAGAAUAGGUUCAAGAUCAUCAUAUUCAUCAGAAGGAGACACUAAAUAGAACUCUUAACCUGUUGUACUUGCCAAAAUUGAGAAUCUGAGAUGCAAACAGUGCAGCAAAAUUAAUUAUAACGUAAGUUAAGAUUUGCUUUUUUUGCCAAGUUGCAAAGUUGUAUCCACAUCGGGUAACUGUAAAAAUGUAUUAUCUUGUAAAAUCUAUGUAAAAAAAAAAAAAAACAAAGAUACUAAAAAUUUUAAGUUCAACUUUAUUUUUCCUACAAGUGUUUAGAAAUGUCUGCUUCUGGGAUAUGGUAAUGUUCCUUAGGAACAGUACAGAAAAAAUGCUUAGUGAUAUUACAGCUCUAGCAAACCUACCUCAUAGCUGGGUUAAGAGGAUAAAAUACAACUAAUUUUGUACCCUAUAGUGCCUAGAGCAGUCCAAGUGCUAAAUAAAUAUUUCUUGAUUAAAACUGAACUAUAGCUACUCGGGAGGCUGAGGCAGGAGGAUUGUUUGAGCCCAGGAAUUUGAGGCUAGUCUGGGCAACAUAGCAAGACCUCAUCUCUUAAAAUUAAAAACAAACCAAAACUAUUUUUAAAGAUAAAAGUGCUCUGAGUUCUACAAAUACCAAGUAUUUAUUAUGGUAUAUCUUUAGAAUGUAGCCAUACUGUAUAAUUACUGAUACCUGUCAUGGGUCGUGAUUGUUAUUCAUAGUAACUCAUUGUGAUACAGAAGCUUGUUUUUUCACUUCCUUGUAAGAAGCCAAGUCUAGCAGGUGCACAAAGUUGAGAGUACGUCCUUCAGGGAUAUUAAAAAAAUUUUUUUUUGAUGUUUGAGCUAAAAGAUCACAACCAAAUAAGAAUUUAACUGGCUAAAACUUAGAAAUUACUUUUUAAAUAACUAUCACAUUUUAAAAUGUUUCAGAUAUCUUGAGUAUUUGGGGCGGGGGCCUGUGAGCCUGAUUGAGGCACACAUUUGUAGAAUAGCAACACUGGAAAGGGCCUUCAGCUAGUCCAACCUCCCAGCCCCUGCCUAGAUCUCUGCUGCCCCAGCCACACAUAUGCUAGAAUUCUUGUAAACAUUAUCUAGCUUUAUAUUAAUAUCUACUUGUUAUAUGUGUUUUAAGAGAAUAGUUCUUCCUGUGACUUUUCUAAAUACUCUAAAACUAGUAUGAAGCUAAUAAAGCUGGUAAAAGAAACUUGGAAUUAUAGACAUUUUUAAAGACUAAAUCCUCAAUUCUAUGAUCGCUUAUGGGGGCUACUUACUAAGCAUUUUGGAUAAUAAAACUGGUUAAAUGUAUUCCGGUAGGAUACAUAAUCAAAUCUGAGGAUUACAGAGAAGAAAAAUGAAACCUGAAAUAUGGCUUACAGAACCAUAACACAGACCACUGAGUUUUUAGUUAGAGUUGUUAUCCUAAAAUUUAACAGUCAUAGAAUUUUCAAAUCGAAUUGAGUUGCAUGGUUAAGAAAAGCAGUUAAGUAUUUUAUUUUACUAUUUCAUCAAAGGCUUUUAAAAUCUGUGAGGAAGACAAAUACCUGUGUAUGUAUGUAUUCUAUAACAACAAAGAGCCACAAAUAAAGGAAUUAGAUUUUAAGUAAAUGGGUGGUUUCUGAAACAAAGGUAUGUGACACUUCUUGUAGUUAUUGAUGGGAAGCCAAUAGCCAGUAGUGUUUUCCUGGAUAUAUGCCCACCUUUACACUUCUUCAUUAAUGUUAAGUAUCUACUUUUUUCAUAUUAAUUUUAUUGCAUAAUGCUGAAGGAAAACAAGUUUUCAAAUACAACUUCUACAUUACGAGUUGUGUUUAGAUAUAGAACUAGAGGGGCCAGGGUAUAUCUAGAUAAAGAGGGAUACAGCCGCAAGUUUCUAAAUGCUUCAUGUUUUUGCAAAAAGAAAAAAAAGAAGUUUCACCUUUGUUAUAAAAAAAAUCAUCUGUGGUCAAAGAAAUACUUAUAUUUAAGUUGCUUUUUAGAAACACAAUCAAUUGCAGUCUACAAUCAGAAAACUGAGACUUACUAUCACUAGCUCCAAAUUGAAUAUAAUGUUCACUUAGAAGUUGCUGUGAUCCAUUUCAUUUAUAAAAGAGACAAAUAUUUUUACAGUACACUAUAGCAACGGGGAAAGCCCUCUCACCCUGACAAGAAUGGGUUUGCUGGGCUUUUAGAAGUUAGAUUUCUGCUGAAUAGAAUUAGCCAUCCUUAAAAGAUUUUAAUCCAAUACUGAAUUGUUUAUAAAAUGCUCUAUCAUUUAUCUAUUGUAAUGUAUUGUAAGUAGUGAAAUUCUGUACAUACUGCUAUUUUCUGUCCAUUGUUGUGAACUUAUGUAUAUUAGUGAAAUAAAUUUUCAGCUUUCA